GGACCACGCGGGGAGUUGGCGGGAUGGGAGGAGCUUGGGCCUCUGCGCUUGAGGCGUCCAGGCCCUGAUCCGUCUGGCGUGCUGAGCUCUCAUGCAACUAUUUCUCCCGCAGACUCAGCAUGGCCGCCCAAGGAGAGCCCCAAGUACAGUUUAAGCUUGUCUUGGUUGGUGAUGGUGGUACUGGUAAAACGACGUUUGUAAAACGUCAUUUGACUGGUGAAUUUGAAAAGAAGUAUGUAGCUACAUUGGGUGUUGAAGUCCAUCCUCUGGUGUUCCACACUAAUAGAGGUCCUAUUAAAUUUAAUGUAUGGGACACGGCUGGUCAGGAGAAAUUUGGUGGUUUGCGGGAUGGAUACUAUAUCCAAGCUCAGUGUGCCAUCAUCAUGUUUGAUGUAACAUCAAGAGUUACAUACAAGAAUGUACCUAACUGGCAUAGAGAUCUAGUACGAGUAUGUGAAAACAUCCCUAUAGUGUUGUGUGGCAACAAAGUGGAUAUUAAGGAUAGAAAAGUCAAGGCAAAGUCAAUUGUCUUCCACAGGAAGAAGAAUCUUCAGUACUAUGAUAUCUCAGCUAAGAGUAACUACAAUUUUGAGAAGCCUUUCCUUUGGCUUGCCAGGAAGCUAAUUGGCGAUCCCAACUUGGAGUUCGUUGCCAUGCCUGCUCUUGCUCCCCCAGAGGUUGUCAUGGACCCUGCUUUGGCAGCACAGUAUGAGCAAGACUUACAGAUUGCUCAGACCACUGCCCUGCCAGAUGAAGAUGAUGACCUGUAAGGGAUGGAGCUGGAGCCCAGCGUCAGAAGUCUAGUUUUAUAGGCAACUGUCCUGUGAUGUCAGUGGUGCAGCGUGUUUGCCACUUUAUUAUCUAGCUGAGCAGAACAUGUGCUUAAUCUUUGGGAUGCUGAGAGAUGAAUGGGCUUCGGAGUGAAUGUGGCAGUUUAAAAAAAAAAAAUUCCUUCAUAUUUUGGACCUGCAUAUCUAGCUGUUUUUUGGACUGCAAUUACUUCCCUUUUUGAGUUUCAAAACUAACUAAGACUCCUGCAGUCAUAUCACAGUAUUCAGUGGUAAACCUUGUUUGUUACUGUCAUUCCCAUUUUUUGUUUAGAUCAUAAUAAAGUUGUAUUUCAAAUAUCUAAA